AUGCCCGUGUCCAGGAUGCGCAUGAGGCCCUGGCUGGAAAUGCAGAUUAACUCCAAUCAAAUACCAGGACUGAUCUGGAUUAACAAGGAUAAGAUGAUUUUUCAAAUCCCAUGGAAACAUGCAGCUAAGCAUGGCUGGGACAUGGAGAAAGAUGCCUGCCUUUUCCGGAGCUGGGCCAUCCAUACAGGGAGGUACAAAGUAGGUGAGAAAGACCCUGACCCGAAAACCUGGAAGGCAAAUUUCCGCUGUGCUAUGAAUUCCCUGCCUGACAUCGAGGAGGUGAAGGAUAAAAGCAUCAACAAAGGCUCCAGUGCUGUCAGGGUGUACAGGAUGCUGCCACCCUUGACAAAGGACCAGAAGAAGGAAAGGAAGUCGAAGUCAUCGAGAGAAGCAAGAAGCAGGAGCAAGAGGAAGUCAUACGAGGACAUGAAGACAGAGGAGUCAACGGAAAGACUAACCAACACUCCCCUGCCAGAUGACCACAGUGGCUACACCAUUCAUGACUACACAGGGCAGGAAGUGGAGGCUGAGAGCCCGUCCAUCACCUUAGACCUGUCCCUGUGCGAGGUGGGCAGCUCGCUGACGGGCGCUCUGACCGACUGGAGGCCAUCCAUGGAGAUCACCUCAGCUGACAGCACCAAUGACCUCUACCAGUUCCAAGUGUCUCCCUUGGCUUCAUCCUCAGAAGUCACAGAUGAAGAUGAAGAGGAAAUUAAUUCAGAGAUUCUUAAGCUGCUGGAGCCUGCCCAGGACUGGCACACCACCAGUGUUGGGGGCAAAGGCUUCCUCACCAACGAGCCAGGCUCACAGAGCAUGGGCAGCACCUACAGCUGCAAGGAGCAGGACGGGGAGAUCGACACCACUUCAGGAGAGCUGGAGCUCAGGCUCUUUGACCAGAAAAGCAGCCUAGAAUUCUCCUGGCUGGACAUGAUGAGACCCAGCAUUCAAGUUGUCUCCUGUGGCCUGUAA